AUGAGCUGUGAAGCGCUUCGUAGCCGAAUUCUUCCGCAAAGAAAACUUCGGCACCUGCAAUUCGGAAUCGCUUAUGCACGGAUUGUUCACGAGAGCUACGAAUUUAUUGAAGACGAGCUUAGGUCCAGCUAUCAUCUUCAAAACUUCUUCUGUUAUUCGGUUGAUUCGAAAGCGAGCAAAGCAUUUAACGAUCGCAUAGAAAUGCUUGGAGAGUGUUUCCCAAAUGUUUUAGUUACAAAAGCACGUUUUGAUGUUAGAGGAAACGGACGAUUCAUGAACCACGCAUACUAUGAAUGCCUUAAAUUGCUUGCCAAAAAACAGGGAUGGGGCUACUUGCUACUUAUGCAGAAUCACGACGUUAUGACCAAAACAGUUUAUGAGACUGUAGCGAUCCUUAGCAGGCUACAAGGCGCCAAUGAUGUCCAUGUUAGACCUUGUGAGGCUUACCGAUGGAACCAUACAGCUAAAUGGGAUGCACGCUCACUGAAACUUUUUCGUAACGAGCAGCAAAUACCAGCAAAAGUACUAGAUGCAAAUCUAACAAUGGCAAGAGGGGCCGUACACGCCUCCUUGUCGAGAGCCGCAGUUGAAUGGAUGGUGACCACUGCUGAUCUCACAAAGCUCCUCGAUCAACUCAAUAUAGAAGCACUUGGAGUUGACGAGGUUCUCAUGCCAACACUACAAGUGAGUGAGGUACUGGAUGUACCUGGCAGAUUCACAGCUGAAUGUGUUAAAAAAGGACAUGUUAUUGGAUUCAUAACCAGAAUGGACAUUUGGGAAUACGAGAAAAAAGAGCUCUGCCGAUCGAGACGCUUUCGUCAUGGCGUUUGCGUCUUUGGGAUCGAGGAUUUCUCGUGGCUUUCUCGACAGCCAAAAUUAAUGGCAAAUAAGAUGAUGCCAGGCUUUGAUUAUUCGGUGGUUGACUGCAUGCAUGAACUUCUCUUCAACAGAACACAUCUUAAUCAGACCAAUGAUGCACUAAAUCUCACCGUUUAUGACAAUCAGCCAUACGUGCGGUAUCACAAAAAUCGCCUGGCACCGAAUCCUUCCUUCAAACUGGACUGCAGCUUUGGCAUAUAG